AUCAUUUAUUGAUAUCAUGUUUCUACUUUUACCAGCUAUAACCAUGAAUACUUUCAUCGUCGCCGCCGUCCUCGUUGCCGUUCUGUCGGUAGCCUCUGCCUCCCUUUUCGACGAGGAUGAUGGCUUCAUCAUUGGGGCAGGGGGUCACUUCGGUGGUGGUCACCUCGGUGGUGGUCACUUUGGUGGUGGUCACUUUGGCGGUCACAUGCAAGGAGGAUAUCCUAUCGUCAAGGGAUCAGGUCUGCCCUGCAAGAAGCAUUACGGUCACGGUGGUUACGUAAAGGGUGGGAUGAUCACAAAAGGCUACCCAACUGUUUACACUACCGGCGGUCAAUACGGAGGUUCCCAGAUGUACUCUGGUGGUCAGUAUGGUGGUUCCCAGAUGUACUCUGGUGGUCAGUAUGGUGGUUCCCAGAUGUACUCUGGUGGUCAGUAUGAAGGUUCCCAGAUGUACGGUGCCGGUCAGUACGGAGAAUCCCAGAUGCACAACGGUGGUCAGUACGCUGAAUCCGAAUUGUACGGCGGUGGUCAGUACAACGCCGGAGUCGGACAACACAGUGGUGGACAGCAGAUGUAUGCCAGCGGUCAACAGUAUUACCCUAGCCAAACUGUCUACUAAAUACGUAACAGGAAUAGUUGAGUCCCAGCGGUGAAGAUGACUCGAUGACUGGGAAGCUUUAAAAUUACCUGUGGUUAUUCGUUGUAUUUAUUGUGUUUAAGUUUUUGUAAAUAAAAAACAUCAAAACCUUA